UACUUCCUACUUCUUUGUGUUUACGUGCCCACUUUUCUGCUGCAGUAGAACAUUGUAAAACCCAACAUACAGUUAUUUUUUAUAUAUAUUUUAUGGCAGUAUGAAUACAGAACAGUCAAUUGAAGAUGACGUAAGUACAAAAAAAUGUCCAGUUUCGACACCGGACGGGAAUGGCUCGAAGAAAGGAGCCUUGAAACGAACUCCAUUCUCAAAGUUGAAGAAAGUACACUCCAACUUCAGAUCACCUCUUCAAGUAAUGGAGAGUGCUAAAGUUAGGCCUGAAGAGGAGGUGGUGGAGUUAGAGAAGAGACUAGAGCAGCUGGACUCAGAGAUAGCACAGCUGGAAGCUGAGGGAUAUAGAGUAGAAGAACUGGAGCAUCAUAUUGAUAUGCUGCAUGAGUACAAUGAUAUAAAAGACAUUGGACAGUCACUCCUAGGCCGCCUUGCUGCUCUGAGGGGGACCACCACACGAGAUCUCUAUAGUAACUUUGGACUGGAACUGGAUGACUGACAGACUGGAUAAUACAUGAAAAUGCAGUGGGAGAGAAGUGUUCCUUGGGCCAAAAUAGGGCACCUAGAAUGAAGAAGACAAGAGAGUAGAUUUGAGGAAAGAUGAGGGACUUUGUCAAAUCUAUCUCAAAAUAUCACUCAGGUAUCCUUGUGUAAACUGAAUAGGUUUUGCUUUUAGUCAUCCCCUAAGAGAUGGAGAGGAAAAUCUUUACCGAUCAAGUUGAAUCUGAAGUUACCUGUAAAUCCCUAAAAACAGAACUACUUCUUUUUGAGUCACUUUGGGCAGUAACAUCUUAAUUUAUCAAAAACUAAUGCCACACAUGAUGUUCAGAUACAUUUUGGGAUGAAUUUUCACACAGAACACUGACUGGAUUUUGUUCUUCAUCAGUAGACAGAAAGAAUACUAGAGGCACCUGUUAACAUUUCAGUCUACUAAGACAAACUUAAAACAGCUUAUUGAGAUUGGUGUCUAAGAUUCUAUCUUUCAUUCACUUUAUAGAGUAAGAAAGUGGUUUGUGCAACGAGCCUUGAGAAAUCUUAUUAAAAAUGUAUUAAAAUAUUGUUUGCUGAGAGGGCAGUCCUUUUUACCAGAGUGUUGACUUGUGUUUAUGACAGAAAACAUGUUAAUUGUAGAGCUUUCCAUCUGCUUUUGUUAUACAAGAAUAUGAAUGUGACUCCAUCACCAGGCACCAUGAAAGGACCUUGUUUUGACAUUUGAGCUUAUCUAAAUAGAGUUUGGAUAAGGGUUUGCAUGGUGGCUGUAGGAAUGGAAGAAAAGUUGUUUGGAAUUCACAGAAAAAGCCAUACUUACAUGUUGACUGAAGAACCUGUUAAGAAAAUGUUCUACCACCAAGAUCUUACAUUUUCCUUUGGACUUUGAAAUGAACGUCCUCUAAAAACAUGCUACUUAUCUGCUUGUUUACAUUUUUCUGCUCUUAGCUCGCUAUGCAGUAUGCACACAAUAUAAACACUAGAUACAAGCACCAUUGUACUCAUUUGGUAGAAUGGAACUGUCGGACCAAACUAUAUCAAGAAAAAAGAUACAUUGAAUUCCAAAAUGAUAAAGGGGUUCUCCAGGAUUUAAUAUUAUACAUAAAUAUUGGAAACUUGAAGCAUUCAAUGGUCAAAACUGAUGCAAAAUGUGCCAACAUAUUCUGAUCUUAGCCCUCACUAUUCCCCUUAUGAUUACCUUAAUGUGGAAAAUCAGUGAAAUGCUCCUUUAGGUAAAUAUUUGUAUCAUAUAAAAAUAUAACUAUUAAAAUAUGUUAAUUGAGCUGCACUUAAACAAUCAUCCCUAUAGCAAUGCAUUAUGAGAAAACAGCAUAUCCCUAUAAAACAUUUUCACUACUUUGACAACACCCACAUUUUAUAAUACACAGCUGGAAUCCAAUGUGUUGUAAAUUUCCCCACUUUUUGUAAUAAAUUGUUACACAGUGUGAUGUGUGAGUGUUGGACUGGAUGUCCUCAG